AUGGUUAUUGCCGAUGAUUUACUAGAAGCCAGUUCAGAUUCGAUCCCACCAUAUGCUUCACCAAAUCCUUCACCCGCUCGAGGAGUAUAUGGUUUUGCGUUAUUUGUCUGUUCAUGGUUUUCUUUAGCUUUAUAUCUAAUUUGGGCUCUUCUUCCAACACCAUAUUUGGAAUUACUUCAUUUAACAUACUUACCGGCCAAAUAUUGGGCUAUUGCCAUACCACUACUGUUACCGAUAGCAGUUGCUGUAUUUAUUAUCCUUGUAUUGGCACAUAAUCUUAUUCAGUUGCAUGGCGUUUUUGAGGAUAUUGAAAAGACGAUUUUGGAGGAAGUAUUGAAGUUCGCAGUGUUGAUUUGCAAUUUGCAAGUACCAAAAGUUCUGACAAAAGAAAGGGUGAAGGGCUUAUAUUUUGCAAUUUUUUUUUGCAAGUGCAAAAGUUUUUUAAAAGAAAAGAAAUUAGGUCUUGAAAUCAUUUCACAGUACCAAUACUUUCUGAAGAAUGAAGUUGAGUAG